AUGGCCCAGACUGUCGAAAUGGUAGUCCCAUCAUCUGUUGGUGUCAUGACACAAUCUACGAUGCAAGAAGAUGAGACACUACCCAUCAUUCCAUUGCCAACAUGGAAAAGGUCGAUCAUUCUCGCUGUCACAAGCUGGAUGCCGUUGGCAGCGACUUUCUCCAGCACCUCUCUUUUCACAGCCCUCCCAGAAAUAGCCGCAGGCCUCGGGACUUCGAGUGAUGUCUUGACCACAAGUAAUGCGGGAGUGUUUUUGGCGAUGGGAAUUUCGACCUUGAUCUGGGGCCCGAUUAGCACGGCUGCAGGCAGACGAACAGCAUAUAUUGGCGCCGCGUUGGUCCUAUUGCUAUGUUCGAUUGGCACUGCUCUCGCAAACAAUGUCGAAGCUUUCGUCGCCCUCCGAGUCCUGGGUGGUCUAGAGGGAACGUUUUUCAUGGUUUCCGGGCAGACAAUCAUUGCCGAUACAUUUCCUCCGGUGCAGCGAGGUACCGCAGUCGGGCUUUUCAUGGCCGGGACAGUUGUCGGGCCUGCGUUGGGACCGUGCCUUGGAGGUAUAAUCAUCACUUAUACGACAUGGCGUACCAUCUUCUGGCUUCAAAGCGGCAUGAUAGGCAUCGGUCUUGCCUCUGCCGUUUUUGUCAUCCCGCCAGCCGUCAGGGUAGACAUAGACACCAAUGCGGUCACGGUCGCCACCACUCCUUUGGGUAUUGCAGCAGCGUUUAAUCCAUGGAAUUGCCUGAGACUUUACGUCUUUCCCAAUCUGCUAUUUGCCGACCUGGCGUGUGGCCUACUGAGCUGGAGUCAGUAUUCACUACUUACAGCACCGAGAUACCUGAUCAAUCCACGAUUCCACUUGACAUUGCCUCUGGUAUCCGGCUUGUUCUACAUCGCGCCCGCUUUUGGCUUUCUCAUGGGAACCAUUUGUGGCGGGAGGUUCUCGGACAUCACGGUGCGGAAGCGGAUCCUGUCACGCGGCUACAGGCUGCCUCAAGAUAGGCUAUACAGCGGUAUCGUGUCGUUCUUCGUCAUCGUCCCGAUUGCCAGUCUGAUCUAUGGCUGGGGGCUACGGUAUCAGGUGGGUGGAUUGGCUUUACCAAUCGUCUCGAUCAUUGCCAGUGGCUUUGGUCUCAUGACUGCGUUUAGCAGCAUGAACACCUAUUGUGCCGAAAUAAUGCCUACCAGAAGAACCGAGGUGAUGGCUGGAAAAUAUCUGAUCCAAUAUUGUUUUGCAGCAGCCGGAAGUGCCAGUAUUCUGCAGUUGAUCAAUUUGAUCGGAAUUGGAUGGGCUUCAAGCAUAGGUGUCCUCUUCAGUAUCAUCGCUGGUCUAUUGAUCUUAUGCACCGCGCGGUACGGGCGGGACAUGCAGUCUUGGACCGAGAGUCAAUUGAAGCGAGAGUAG